CUCAGCAUGUGACACAACAAGGAAGUCUAAAUGCAAUAUCCUGAUAACUACAAGAUAAGUAGUUCUCUUUGAAGCGACUUCUGUUUGAAAUCUCCUCUUUAUUUUUAGUUUGCCGUCAAGUGACAUCUUGCCACCUGACAGCUUCAUAUUUUAGUGUCUAUAAGUGAACAGAACAGAGCAAAAAUGCUUUUAUCUCUCCAUGUUUUCCUUUUAAUGCUGUAUUUUCGGCUUGGAUUUACCUCGUUACCGCUUGUCAUCAACACGUGGCCAUUUAAGAGUGCAACCGCUGCAGCGUGGCAUGCCCUGCAGUCCGGCGGCUCCGUGCUGGACGCCGUGGAGGAGGGCUGCACCCGCUGUGAAGUGGACCAAUGUGACGGCACUGUGGGCUUUGGUGGCAGCCCUGAUGAGACUGGAGAAACCACACUGGAUGCCAUGAUCAUGAACGGUAACUCGAUGGAGGUGGGAGCAGUGGCAAACCUGAGGAGAAUCAAAAAUGCUAUUGGAGUCGCCAGAGCCGUGAUGGAGCGCACUGAACAUACGAUGCUAGUGGGAGAGUCAGCCUCUGUGUUUGCUGAAAACAUGGGCUUUGUUGCAGAAGACCUGACUACCAACGAAUCUUUGAAUGUUUUCUCACAGUGGCUGAAGGGCAACUGCCAACCUAAUUAUCGAAAGAACGUCAGUCCAGAUCCGUCAGCGUCGUGUGGACCCUACGGACCAAAGGCAGCGCAAACACAGUGCAAUGGAGAGCGGCAGGUUAAUAUACACUCCCAUGACACCAUAGGGAUGAUUGCCGUGGAUAAAGACGGUCACAUGGCUGCUGGAACGUCGACUAAUGGACUGUCACACAAGGUUCCAGGCCGCGUUGGGGACUCCCCCAUCAUCGGAGCAGGAGCCUACGCAGACAGCUCAGCUGGUGCCGCCGCCGCCACUGGAGACGGAGACAUCAUGAUGCGCUUCCUGCCCAGCUACUUGGCUGUGGAGCUGAUGAGGAACGGGGCCGAUCCCUCAGCAGCCUGCAAGUCGGCCAUCUCCAGAAUCAAGAGGCAUUACUCUGACUUCUUUGGAGCCAUAAUCUGCGCUAACACAACAGGCCAUUAUGGUGCGGCGUGUAAUAGGGUCCCCAGCCUCACAGAGUUCCACUACAUGGUGGCCGACUCCGAGUCCGACACAGCCGUCCUGAAGUCUGUGCCUUGCUUUUAAACAAACUCACUCA